CAAGAUUAUUUUUGACUCAAACCAAACGUAGAAAUUGAAGAGAAAAAUCGAAACAUUCACAGAGCCACAUUACAAGUAUUAUUUUUUCCAGUGAAAUGUUUUUCCAUCAAACCGACCGGAGCCUAGCCGAGCCUCAGCCACCAUUGGUCCUCUUCGCAUCAUCAUGAUACUAACUCCUCCAUGGCGUUUCUGUCCGGUUCCUCUCUUCGAAACCUAUUGCCAACCCUCUACAGUUCGUUCGUGCCGGACACCCUACGCCUGUUGAACCUCUGCAAAGCAGCCGACGACUUGAAGCCACUGAAAUCUCUCCUCCUCGUGCAAGGCCUAUUCAACCAUGAAUCACUGGUCGCACAUUUUCUUACCCGAUGCUUUGAUCUGGGUGCUCACGAACUAGCUCUCUCUACUUUUCAAAGGAUCGAAAAACCUAGCAUAUUCUUGCAGAACUUGACGGUUAGGAGUCUCUGUGAUAAUGGGUUGUUUGAAGACGUGUUGUCUGUCUAUCAAAAAUGUCGAAUUUCUGGCUGCCCGUCUGAUAAUUUCACGUUUCCUUUCGUGGUCAAGGCCUGCUCUGCUCUUGGCACUCUUCGGAUUGGCAAAGCUGUACACUCUGUUGUGUUGGGAACUGGGUUUGGAGAUAAUGUUGUUGUGCAGACAGCUCUUGUUGAUAUGUACGCAAAAUGUGGUCAAAUAGAGGUUGCACGUUUGCUGCUUGAUGAAAUUCCUCAACCAGACUUGGUUCCGUGGAAUGCUUUGAUUUCUGGGUAUUCGUUAAACGGACCGAAUGAAGAGGUCUUUGAAGUUUUCCGGGAGAUAUUUGCAGUGGGUCUGAGACCUAAUGUGAGCACUUUGGCCAGCACAAUUCCAGUGUGCACCCGUUUGGGAUUUCUGAAUGUGGGAAAAUCUCUUCACGGCUUCGCUGUUAGGUCUGGAUAUUCUUUGGAUAGAACUUUGAUCCCUGCUUUGAUUUCAAUGUAUGCUGGUGGUGGGGAGUUGGGCGAUGCAAAGAGUUUGUUUGAUUGUUUUUUGGAAAAGAAUGUUACCAUGUGUAAUGCCAUGAUCUCUGCUUAUGCACAGAACCAGAAAUCCAAAGAGGCUUUUGCAACAUUUCAGCAAAUUCUCCAAUCUGGCAUGCAACCUAACAUGAUCACGUUCUUGUCCCUCAUUCCUUCUUGUGCGGGUAUUGAUAGCAUUUUAUAUGGCGAAUCCCUACAUGCUUGUGUAGUUAAAAAUGGGUUAGAUGAAGAGCCCGCAAUAACUUCAGCCCUUCUUUCAAUGUAUGCCAAGCUUGGAGAGAUGAGUUCAGCUGAGUUUCUUUUCAAUCUGAUGCCUGAUAGAAAUCUUUUAUCAUGGAAUUCAUUGCUUUCAGCACUUGUACAUAAUAGACAGUGGGGUGUGAGUUUGGCUAGAUUCCGUGAAAUGCAGUUUGCAGGGUUUAAUCCAGAUGCAGUAUCCAUUGUCUGUAUCCUUUCUGCCUGCUCUGAACUAGAAGCCACUCUGCCUGGUAAAUCUGCUCAUGCAUAUAGUAUUAAAAAUGGAUUUGAUUUGUAUCUCAAUCUAUCCAAUGCACUUUUGGCAUUUUACUCCAACUGUGGUAAGCUUUUUUAUUCUUAUAACCUAUUCCAUAAAAUGAAUGUCAGAAAUGCCACUUCAUGGAAUACAAUGAUAUCUGGAUGCGUGCACAAUGGAGAAACAAAAAAUGUUGCUGCCCUUAUUCACCAGAUGCAACAAGAAAGGACGAACUUGGAUUUGGUUACCCUGAUAAGUGUUCUCCCUUGUUACAAUGGACCUGAAAGAUUGUUGGAGGGAAUGGCUAUUCAUGGCCAUGCCAUCAGAAUUGGAUUUGCCUGUGAUGUUUCUUUAGCUAAUGCACUUAUUAGCAUGUAUUCCAACUGUGGAGCAAUUGAUUCUGGCAAGUUACUUUUUGAGAGAAUGCUUAAUCAGAAUGUGAUUUCUUGGAAUGCUUUGCUCACAGGGUAUCGACAUCACAACUUACAGGAUGAUGCCAUGUUGUUGUUUUGUCAAAUGAUAGACGAGGAUCAGAAGCCAAACUAUGUAACGUUGCUAAAUAUAAUACCAGUAUGCCAUGCCCUGUCGCAAGGCAAGUCCAUCCAUGCGUAUGCAACCAGAACAGGGAUUGGACUAGGGGCUUCUCUUCUUACGUCUCUUAUGUCCAUGUAUGCUAGAUUUGGAAAUGUGGACUAUUGUCUUUUGCUGUUUGAAAUAGGGGAGAAAAGAAAUAUUUCUUUGUGGAACGCUAUGAUUUCUGCUCUUGUACAAACAAGAAAUGCAAAAAAGGCAGUUGCUUUCUUCAGUCAAUUGCUUCAAAUGGAAAUAGAACCUGACUUCAUGACUGUUUUGAGCUUAAUUUCAGCUUGUGUUCAGACAAACAACUUGAGUCUCGCAAAUUCUGUGCAAGCUUAUGCGAUACACAAAGGAUUUGACAAGGAUUUGGCCGUUAACAAUGCACUGAUUCAUCUGCAUGCAAGUUGUGGGAACAUUUCAACUGCUAGGAAGCUAUUCGAGGGCUUGCUUAUAAAGGAUCCCAUCUCUUGGAGUGUUAUGAUUAACGCUCACGGGCUACAUGGGGAUGCUGAGGCCGCCCUUGCUCUUUUCUCACAGAUGGAACUUUCCGGUGUAAAGCCUGAUGACAUUACUUAUGUAAGUAUUCUAUCAGCUUGCAGUCAUGCUGGUCUAGUCGAGCAAGGAAGGAUGAUUUUUGAGUCUAUGGUAGAAGAUGGGAUAUCACCGAGGAUGGAGCACUAUGCUUGCAUGGUGGACCUUCUUGGGAGAACAGGUCACUUGAAUGAGGCUUGUGAUAUUGCUAAGAAAUUGCCCCCUAAGCCUUCUAUGAGCCUCCUAGAAUCUCUGGCGGGGGCCUGUAUAGUCCAUGGCAAUUUUAAACUUGGGGAGGAAAUCGGAAGGUUGCUCCUUGAAAUGGAUCCUGAAGAUCCAGGAUCAUAUGUGAUUCUACACAAUGUCUUUGCUUCAGCUGGAAGGUGGGUAGAUGCCAGCAAAGUGAGGUCUAGCAUGGAAGGGAGAAGAUUAAGUAAACUACCUGCCUUUAGUCUUGUUGAGGGAUUAUAAACGGUUGCCUUGCAGGCUUUCCAGAGGCAAAUGAGAAUCAAUGUUUCAAGUUCUUCACGCAAGACGUAUAUGCCAAUUGUUUCUCCAGAGAAACUCAAGAAAGGUGAAUCCGAAUGAAACAACUUUGCCGUUGUGCCAAAAUGCUCUCCUUCUUAGUGCCUUUGCAACUGGAUUUCUGCUAGCUUCAAGGGGACGAUAAUCUGUUCUGCAGCAUCAGGCGUAACUUUUCGCUCUAAGAAGCCGUCAAAUUGUGUGAAUCCCAGACAGCUUCUUCCUGGGAGCACACUGUGACGCUGGAAAGGCGUUUUCUGGUAAGCUUUGAUACUGAAAGAAAGGCUGGAAAUUUCUGCAACUGGUUGGUCCCAGAGCUUAAUUGAAAAUCUGUGGGGACUUGGGAUGAUUUUUUUAUGUUAGAAAUAUAUAAUUUGACCAUUUACUAGGCGUUCGCUCUGCAUGGGUUAUUUUGUGAUGGGAUUAAGUUAAUGGUGAGAUAAAUUAGUGAUGGGAUUAAAUAAUGCCAUGCGAUGUUUGGCACAUGAAGUGUCGUCCAAGGUAAUUCUAUCUCUGGUUUGGUUUCAGAAAGGUAUAAAUAUUGCAUUAAUUUGUAUUGAUUGAAUGAUUAAAAAACCAUAAUACCCCU